CAGGGUGGUGCCGGGCCAGAGGCGCGGGAGGCGCGCGGAGCCGGAGGCGAGCCCGCGCGCGCGCCGCCAUGCCCCUGGCCUUCUGCGGCACCGAGAACCACUCGGCCGCCUACCGGGUGGACCAAGGAGUCCUCAACAACGGCUGCUUCGUGGACGCGCUCAACGUGGUGCCGCACGUCUUUCUGCUCUUCAUCACCUUCCCCAUCCUCUUCAUCGGAUGGGGCAGCCAGAGCUCCAAGGUGCACAUUCACCACAGCACCUGGCUCCACUUCCCAGGGCACAACCUGCGCUGGAUCCUUACUUUCAUGCUGCUCUUCGUCCUCGUGUGUGAGAUCGCGGAGGGCAUCCUGUCUGACGGGGUGACAGAGUCCCGCCAUCUCCACUUGUACAUGCCAGCUGGGAUGGCGUUCAUGGCUGCCAUCACCUCUGUGGUCUACUAUCAUAACAUUGAGACCUCCAAUUUCCCCAAGCUGCUGAUCGCUCUGCUCAUCUAUUGGAUCUUGGCGUUCAUCACUAAGACCAUCAAGUUCGUCAAGUUCUAUGACCACGCCAUCGGCUUCUCGCAGCUGCGCUUCUGCCUCACGGGGCUUCUGGUGAUCCUGUACGGCAUGUUGCUGCUCGUGGAGGUCAAUGUCAUCAGGGUGAGGAGGUACAUCUUCUUCAAGACGCCGAGGGAAGUGAAGCCCCCGGAGGACCUGCAGGACCUGGGCGUGCGCUUUCUGCAGCCCUUCGUCAACCUGCUGUCGAAGGGGACCUACUGGUGGAUGAACGCCUUCAUCAAGACAGCCCACAAGAAGCCCAUCGACCUUCGGGCCAUCGGGAAGCUGCCCAUCGCCAUGAGAGCCCUCACCAACUACCAGCGGCUCUGUGCGGCCUUCGAUGCCCAGGCGCGGAAGGACACGCAGAGCCUGCAGGGUGCCCGGGCCAUCUGGAAGGCUCUCUGCCAUGCCUUUGGGAGACGCCUGGUCCUCAGCAGCACAUUCCGCAUCCUGGCUGACCUCCUGGGCUUUGCUGGGCCACUCUGCAUCUUUGGGAUCGUGGACCACCUCGGGAAGGAGAACCAUGUCUUCCAGCCCAAGACACAGUUUCUCGGGGUUUACUUCGUCUCAUCCCAAGAGUUCCUUGGCAAUGCCUACGUCUUGGCUGUGCUUCUGUUCCUUGCCCUCCUGCUGCAGAGGACAUUCCUGCAAGCCUCGUACUAUGUCGCCAUCGAAACCGGGAUCAACCUGAGAGGAGCAAUCCAGACCAAGAUUUACAACAAAAUCAUGCACUUGUCCACCUCCACCCUGUCGAUGGGGGAGGUAACAGCGGGGCAGAUCUGCAACCUGGUGGCCAUUGACACAAACCAGCUGAUGUGGUUCUUCUUCUUAUGCCCAAACCUCUGGGCUAUGCCAGUGCAGAUCAUCGUGGGCGUGAUGCUGCUGUACUACAUCCUGGGGGUCAGCGCCUUGGUUGGCGCAGCUGUCAUCAUCCUGCUGGCUCCUGUACAGUACUUUGUGGCCACCAAGCUCUCCCAGGCACAGCGGAGCACCCUGGAAUACUCCAACGAGAGGCUGAAGCAGACCAAUGAGAUGCUCCGGGGCAUCAAGCUGCUCAAGCUGUAUGCGUGGGAGAACAUCUUCUGCUCCAGGGUGGAGGCGACGCGCAGGAAGGAGAUGACCAGCCUCAGGGCCUUCGCCGUCUAUACCUCCAUCUCCAUAUUCAUGAACACAGCCAUCCCCAUUGCCGCCGUCCUCAUCACUUUCGUGGGCCAUGUCAGCUUCUUCAAAGAGACGGACUUCUCACCCUCCGUGGCCUUUGCCUCCCUCUCUCUCUUCCACAUCCUGGUCACGCCGCUGUUCCUACUGUCUAGUGUGGUUCGGUCCACUGUCAAAGCCCUAGUGAGCGUGCAAAAGCUGAGUGAGUUCCUGUCCAGUGCAGAGAUCCGUGAGGAGCAGUGUGCCCCGAGAGAGCCUGCCCCCCAAGGCCAAGCCGGCAAGUAUCAGGCAAUGGUAAGUGUGAACCUCCCCCUGACACUGCCAACCUUUCAUCCGAGUCCUGCGCUGGCCUUCACAUUUCCCCCAGAAGGGGGCGCCUCACCUCUCCCCCAUCCACAGCCCCUGAAGGUCGUGAACCGCAAGCGCCCAGCCCGGGAAGAGGUUCGGGACCUCUUGGGCCCGCUGCAGAGGCUGGCCCCCAGCAUGGAUGGGGAUGCCGAGAAUUUCUGUGUCCAGAUCAUCGGAGGCUUCUUCACCUGGACCCCUGAUGGAAUCCCCACUCUGUCCAACAUCACAAUCCGUAUCCCCCGAGGCCAGCUGACCAUGAUUGUGGGGCAGGUGGGCUGCGGCAAGUCCUCGCUCCUCCUCGCCACCCUGGGGGAGAUGCAGAAGGUCUCGGGGGCCGUCUUCUGGAACAGCCUUGCAGACAGCGAGGGAGAGGACCCCAGCAGCCCAGAGCGGGAGACGGCGGCUGACUCGGAUGCUAGGAGCAGAGGCCCUGUGGCCUAUGCAUCACAGAAACCAUGGCUGCUAAAUGCCACUGUGGAGGAGAACAUCACCUUCGAGAGCCCCUUCAAUAAGCAGCGGUACAAGAUGGUCAUUGAAGCCUGCUCCCUGCAGCCCGACAUAGACAUCCUGCCCCACGGAGACCAGACUCAGAUUGGGGAACGGGGUAUCAAUUUGUCUGGUGGUCAGCGUCAGCGAAUCAGUGUGGCCCGAGCCCUCUACCAGCACACCAAUGUUGUCUUCUUGGAUGACCCUUUCUCCGCUCUGGAUGUCCAUCUGAGUGACCACCUGAUGCAGGCCGGCAUCCUUGAGCUGCUCCGGGAUGACAAGAGGACAGUGGUCCUGGUGACGCACAAGCUGCAGUACCUGCCUCAUGCAGACUGGAUCAUCGCCAUGAAGGACGGCACCAUCCAGAGGGAGGGGACACUCAAGGACUUCCAGAGGUCUGAGUGCCAGCUCUUUGAGCAUUGGAAGACCCUCAUGAACCGGCAGGACCAGGAGCUGGAGAAGGAGACAGUCAUAGAGAGAAAAGCCUCCGAGCCGUCUCAGGGCCUUCCCCGUGCCAUGUCCUCAAGGGACGGCCUUCUGCUGGAGGAGGAAGAGGACGAAGAGGAGGCAGCCGAGAGCGAGGAAGAGGACAACUUGUCUUCCGUGCUGCAUCAGCGGGCCAAGAUCCCAUGGCGAGCCUGCACUAAGUACUUGUCCUCUGCGGGUAUUCUGCUCCUGUCCCUGCUUGUCUUCUCCCAGCUGCUCAAGCACAUGGUCUUGGUGGCCAUCGAUUACUGGCUGGCCAAGUGGACUGACAGUGCCCUGGUCCUGAGCCCUGCUGCCAGGAACUGUUCCCUCAGCCAGGAAUGCGCCCUGGACCAAUCUGUCUACGCCAUGGUAUUCACUGUGCUCUGCAGCCUGGGUAUUGUGCUGUGCCUCGUCACCUCUGUCACUGUGGAGUGGACAGGGCUGAAGGUGGCCAAGAGGCUGCACCGCAGCCUGCUCAACCGCAUCAUCCUGGCUCCCAUGAGGUUCUUUGAGACCACGCCCCUGGGGAGUAUCCUGAACAGAUUUUCUUCUGACUGUAACACCAUUGACCAGCACAUCCCGUCCACGCUGGAGUGUCUGAGCCGAUCCACCCUUCUCUGUGUCUCUGCCUUGACGGUCAUCUCCUAUGUCACGCCUGUGUUCCUCGUGGCCCUCUUACCCCUAGCUGUCGUGUGCUACUUCAUCCAGAAGUACUUCCGAGUGGCCUCCAGGGACCUGCAGCAGCUGGAUGACUCCACGCAGCUCCCGCUGCUCUCACACUUUGCCGAAACCGUGGAAGGACUCACCACCAUCCGCGCCUUCAGGUACGAGGCCCGGUUUCAGCAGAAGCUGCUAGAGUAUACUGACUCCAACAACAUCGCCUCCCUCUUCCUCACGGCAGCCAACAGGUGGCUGGAAGUCCGAAUGGAGUACAUCGGAGCAUGUGUGGUCCUCAUUGCGGCUGCCACCUCUAUCUCCAACUCCCUGCACAGGGAGCUCUCUGCGGGCCUGGUGGGCCUGGGUCUCACCUAUGCCUUGAUGGUCUCCAACUACCUCAACUGGAUGGUGAGGAACCUGGCGGACAUGGAGAUCCAGCUGGGGGCUGUGAAGCGAAUCCACACACUCCUGAAAACCGAGGCAGAGAGCUACGAGGGGCUUCUGGCCCCGUCGUUGAUCCCCAAGAACUGGCCAGACCAAGGGAAGAUCCAAAUUCAGAACCUGAGUGUGCGCUAUGACAGCUCCCUGAAGCCGGUGCUGAAGCACGUCAACGCCCUCAUCUCCCCGGGACAGAAGAUUGGAAUCUGCGGCCGCACAGGCAGUGGGAAGUCCUCCUUCUCUCUCGCCUUUUUCCGAAUGGUGGACAUGUUUGAAGGGCGCAUCAUCAUUGAUGGCAUUGACAUCGCCAAGCUGCCAUUGCACACGCUCCGCUCACGCCUGUCCAUCAUCCUACAGGACCCUGUCCUCUUCAGUGGCACCAUCAGAUUCAACCUGGACCCGGAGAAGAAAUGCUCAGACAGCACGCUGUGGGAGGCUCUGGAGAUCGCCCAGCUGAAGCUGGUGGUGAAAGCCCUGCCAGGAGGCCUGGAUGCCAUCAUCACAGAAGGAGGGGAGAAUUUCAGCCAGGGCCAGAGGCAGCUGUUCUGCCUGGCCCGGGCCUUUGUGAGAAAGACUAGCAUCUUCAUCAUGGACGAAGCCACUGCCUCCAUCGACAUGGCUACGGAAAACAUCCUCCAGAAGGUGGUGAUGACAGCCUUCGCAGACCGCACUGUGGUCACCAUCGCGCACCGAGUGCACACCAUCCUAAGUGCAGACCUGGUGAUGGUCCUGAAGAGGGGUGCCAUCCUGGAGUUUGACAAGCCAGAGACACUUCUCAGCCAGAAGGACAGCAUCUUUGCCUCCUUCGUCCGUGCGGACAAGUGACCUGCCAGCACCAAAGUGCCCCGCCACACCUCACUUGCUUGCCUAAGAUUUCUUACUGUAAAUCACCUGUAAAUAAAUUAAUUCUUUGC